AUGAGUGAAAUCAAUGAAUCCCUAAUUGAAGCUCCUCUAAAGGCCUUACUUGAAGAUGUAACUAAAUUAAUCAUCAUAUAAGGUAUUAUUCUGUUUGGAAGGCUAUCUUGAAGGGUAGAAUGAUUUGAAGAUGAUUGAACAUUAAUUAAAAGACUAUGACACAUUGGCUGGACUAGUUAAAAUAAUUGGCAAUGUUUUUAAAACUCUGAUGAAGAAAGUUGAUAAGAAGAUCACUUAACUUAAAUUGAAUGUUAAUGAUAAUAGUUCAUAUAGAAGUUAUCAUCCAGAAGAAGAAUAUGAAAAAUUAGAGUAAAUUAUCUAAAAGCAUGAAGCUGAAAUUAGAGGACAUAUAAGUGUAAGAGUCUCCAUUCAUAUCUAAGAUUGAAUAACAACUCAAAUUGUAUAGUGAAACUCUAUAACAAAAAAUUGAAGAUAUGGAAAAAUAACACAAAGAAACUAUUGAAUAAAUGCAUAAACAAAUGCAUCUAUUAAAAAAAGAUUUGGGUAAAUCUAAUGAGAGUUAUCGUUUACUUAUUAAAGAAAAUGAAUAAUUAAGAGAAUCUGUUGAACAUCCUCCUAAAACUAUAAUGCAUACUGAAGGAGAAGUAAAUGGGAGAAUAAAAGAAAAAAAGUAAAUUGUAUAAAUCUAUUAGUUUUGUCAUUCAGAUCAUAGAUUAAAGAAGGUUGAUUAUAGUAGUGAAUAUCCUACAUCCAGUAUUAAUUUAUAAUCCUAAAAUUCAAUGAGACAUUCUGCUCCAUUUAAAUCCUAAUCUUAACAUCAUAAAUCAGCUAAAUUAAAUAAUCAGAUUUAACAUCGAAAUUCUUAAGAAUAAGAUUUAUUUAUCAAAUAUAAUCAACUCUUAAAAUCACAUGCUCAAUCUAUCACUCAAAGAUCUUAGAUCAUUUAAGCAAGCUAAUACUUACUCAAAGGAGGAUUUACUAAUGCUAAAAAAUAAAGAAACACACUCAAUGUUAUAUCUGAUAUUUGUAAUGCUUAAUUACAAAAAUCCUCUCAAAGAACUAAGAGUUAAGGAAAUAGUGUAAAAGCAGGAAAUACUAAUUCAUAAAAUAAUAUCAAUGCAAGUAACAAAUCUACUACUUAAAAAAUUAUAUCAGAGACUUCUAAAACUAAUGAAGCUAUUUAGAGAUUACUUAAACUUAAAUGA